AGGGAACGGGCUCUUAAAGGGCAAGGCCAUGCCUGGCUGGCUUGACGGAGUCCUUUGAUCCGAAGAAGCCAGAGGCUUCCCGAGUAGACAACUUGUCGGCCGCCAGGCGUUGAGGAAGACAUGCGCGUCCCAUAAUGGAGAUAAAGGAUUCGGGCAGCGUGGUGCUGACAGCCUAUCAUUCUUACACUCCAUCCCGGCUGCCGAGCAGGGUGGAGCAGAGCUUCGUUCCAGAGGGUCCCCCAAGCCGGUCUCCUCUCAGGAAAUCUCUCCCUCGUUGCCAACGAAUUAGCAGAAUGCUCUCCAAUGAAUCAUUGCGCCCUCCCGUGUAUAGCCGUUCCAAUUCACAAGUUUCUGUUGAUAGCACUUCUAUGGAGGAUUUCUGGUGUGAGGUAGAAAACAUCAAGGAGAGCACAGAAGAAAGGCAAGAUGAGCAAAACCUGUUAGAAGUCAAGCCUCCUGAUGAAGGUGAACUAGAAGCUGAAUGGUUGCAAGAUGUUGGUCUGUCUACAUUAAUAUCAGAAUCGGAAGAAGACAAUGGAGAAGCAUUGCUAUCAACAUUGACCCGAACUCAAGCAGCUGCUGUGCAGAAGAGAUAUACCACAUAUUCUCAGACCAUGAGAAAGAAAAAUAAACACACAGUCAGAGAUGUGCGUGAUAUCUUUGGCAUUCAUAAUUCCUCUCCUACAUUUGAGACUAUACCAGUAUUACCUGUUACAACCAAUGGUAUAGAUUUUUCUGUGCAGAAUCCAGAUUGGAAAAUGGUUAGCUCUAGUGACUGUAUGGAAUAUGAACUCAAUAAAGGCAGCCAGUUGCAGAAAGAGGAGCUUUCCCUUGAAAUUUCCUUCUCAGAAUCAAUCACAGUGUCUCCAAAACACAGAGAAUGUCACAAAAGUCAAAGAUUAAAAAAGGAUGAUUCCGCUUUACCUAAAUAUACAAUUAGGAAAAGUCGACUUGGAUUAACUGAAGUUGGAGAUAUGUCUCCUGAGGACAUGAAGAAAAUUCGUUAUCUUUCUCUGAUUGAAUUAACUGCUGUCUAUGAUGCUUUAGGAAUAGAGUUGAAAAGGAACCGGACAGAAAGGAUGAAAAGGCGAGAAAAUGGUCUUUUUGGAGUUCCAUUAGCAGUGCUCUUGGAAAAUGAUCAAAAGAAGUUUCCUGGAAUUAAAGUCCCCCUCAUUUUUCAAAAAUUAUUGCUCAAACUUGAGGAAACUGGUCUGGAAACAGAAGGUAUUCUUCGAGUGCCUGGAUCUGCUUGCAGAGUGAAGAGUCUUCGCCAAGAAAUUGAAGCAAAAUUUGAUGAUGAUACUUUUGACUGGGAUCAAGUCCGCAAUAAUGAUGCCGCAGGACUACUGAAAAUGUUUGUACGAGAACUACCAAGUCCUCUCUUCCCUGUGGAAUAUUUGCCUGCUUUUAUCACAUUAAUAGAAAAAACCUCCAAAAUCAAACUGCAGCUUCAAGCUUUGCAUUUGCUGAUCAUGCUUCUUCCCGAUGCUAGUCGCGAUGCAGCCAAGGCCCUUCUGCAGUUUUUGAAGAAAGUAGUUGCUAAUGAAAAUAAAAAUAAAAUGACUUUAUGGAAUGUCUCCAUGAUUGUUGCCCCAAACCUCUUCAUCUACAAAGGCAAACAUGCCAAUCAAGAAGAGAUGCUAGCAGCAGCCACCACUGCCCAUGUGGUAAGGCUUUUGAUUAAAUACCAAGAUAUCCUAUGGAUGGUCCCAACAUUUCUGAUAACUCAAGUGAGAAAGAUGAAUGAGGCUGCAAUGAACAAUAUGAAAAAGCAGCUCAUGUUUGACAAGGGUGUAAGAAAACUAUUGAGAAGGAAAACUAUGGACCGGGAGAGACCAGAAAGAACAGAGUCUGAUAUUCCUGAAGGUGUGAUAAGAGUCCAUGCUCCCCUACAUUCAAAAGUUUCUAUGGCAAUUCAACCAAAUAAUCAAACAAAAGCCAAAGAUAUUGUGGCACGAUUUUAUUGUGAAAACAGAUCUGCAUCAUCAGAAGAAUUGAAAAUGCCAAUCCAAAGUUUAUAUGAAAUUGGAGGAAAUAUAGGGGAACACUGUUUGGAUCCAGAUGCAUAUAUGCUGGAUGUGUACCAUGCCAAUCCUCAAGCGGAGUGGGUAAUUAAAGAAAAAAGAAGUUCAAUAUUUUAAAGACAUGUUGGCAGACUGUUUGGGUCAAACUGAAAAGAACAGUGCAGAAGGCUUUCCAUCAGGAGCCAUGUUGCCAUAAGGAAGCUCAAGCAGGUGUAGCCUGUAUAUUUUUAACAUAAACUAAGCUAUUUAUCCUCAAGUAUUAUAGAACCUGAGACCUUCAAUUAAUAGUUUGUUAUAAUAAUUUAUUUUUAGUGAAUACGAUUUUACUGGUUUUAUUGGUACAGUUUAUAUGGUUAAAGAAUACAAUUUGAAAUAUACAUUAAGAGAAAAGAAACUGGGAUUUUUUUUUUCCCAGUGCCCCUGAGAAGGGAGUUGUACGGUGGCAUCCCAAAACCAAGAAUCACAUUUUAACAGUAAGGCUGUCAAUAUGAAGGGCAUAGCAUUUUUUAAAACAGAAAAUAAGGGCAGUUGGCCAGAAUGCUAUAACUUUUUCCUGCUCAAGAACAUUUUUUUAAUUGUGAAAUAUGAUUACAACAUUUGUGACUCAGUUCCUAUUGCUAGCUACUAAUGAGAAGGAAAACUACUGUGUAAAAUAUAUUUGGUGUAUUGUAUAUGAAUAUAAACAGUAUAUAGAAUUGCAAAUUAUCAUUUUUUUCUGACUUUGCCUAUUAUUGUACAGCUAACACAAUUUAAUGUACAAUAUACCAAUGAUGAACCUACAUACCACGUUGAAUCCCCAUGUACAGAAAAAAAUGUAAAUGUAGUUAGAUACUUCACAAAAUGUUCUUUUAAAAUUUAAUAUCCACACCAUAUUCAUUCAGGUUUAAUAU